AUGGGGUUGGCUUUCACAAAGUUGUUUGCCCGCCUCUUCUCCAAGAAGGAGAUGCGCAUUCUCAUGGUGGGACUCGAUGCUGCUGGUAAGACAACCAUCCUGUAUAAGCUGAAACUGGGAGAGAUCGUCACCACCAUUCCCACCAUUGGCUUCAAUGUGGAGACCGUGGAGUACAAGAACAUCAGUUUCACUGUCUGGGAUGUGGGUGGCCAGGACAAGAUCCGGCCGUUAUGGAGGCAUUACUUCCAGAACACCCAGGGACUCAUCUUCGUGGUGGACAGCAACGAUCGUGACCGUAUUGGCGAGGCUCGUGAUGAGCUGCACCGUAUGCUCAACGAGGACGAGCUGCGCGACGCAGUCCUGCUGGUGUUUGCCAACAAGCAGGAUCUGCCAAACGCCAUGAACGCUGCUGAGAUCACCGACAAGUUGGGCCUGCACUCGCUGCGCCAGCGUCACUGGUACAUCCAGAGCACAUGCGCAACUUCUGGAGAGGGUCUGUACGAGGGUCUGGACUGGCUCUCAAGCAACAUCGCCAACAAGGGAUGAAUGGCGUAGAGGGGGCUUGCCUGGAUCUUCUCGGGGUGAAAUGACCAGGAGGCGCCUGUUGUGUCCCCAUGGGAGGGGUUUGUGGGAUCUGAGUUGGGGGCACUGUGUGUAACACUGCUGCUCACACAGCUUUUGGCAAGGUUUUCACCUCCGUGGUGCAGAGGGACCCAGAAAUACAUGCGAUGGGGUGGUACCUUGUUCAUGGGGGUUUUUCUGCUGUGCGGAUCUGCGCCUUGGAUAAGGGACUGUUUGUCUUGAGUGUCAAAGAGCAUCACAUGGCUGUCGGUUGUUGGGAUGGAGUCUGUGGCCGGACUCAUCAGUCGCGUGCGUAAACCCUCGAACAAUUGCACAAUAAGCAGCUUCACUGUAUCGCACGCUGACCUCACUGCUGGACAGACUGGCCGCAGCUGAUUAGGUGUGCCUGCCUCUGUUUGCCCGGAUGUGUUUAAGAGGAAAUCAUGUCUUUC